AUGAAACCAAAAACCCUGACCAAAACAAGCGUGUUCCCCUUCUGGCUCUGCAACUAUAACCUCCUUUCGGGCUUUCUCUGGGGACUCCUUCUCAUUCAAACCUCUUAUCUCCAAUUCAAGCCGCUGGGAGGGCAGCCGCGACUCUUCCAAGCGACGUACUCCAACUUACUUGUCAUUGAAACCCUUGCAUUGGUAGAGCUUUACAAUGCGGCCGCGGGCAUUGUGAAGUCAUCAGUGUUCACCACUUUCAUACAGCUCUAUGCGCGCUUUUCCAUCAUCUGGGGGUUGCUCUAUCCUUUCUCGGACUCUGAUUUUAACAACAGCACUUCUUGUUACUACUACAUGGUAGUGGCAUGGUCGGUGACAGAAGUUAUCAGAUACAAUUACUAUGCGGCCAAUAUGAUUUUUCAGGGGGAACCUGGUAAAGUCUUGACGUGGUUGCGCUACAACACCUUUUUGGUAAUGUAUCCAUUGGGGCUCUUUUGUGAGGUUUCCAUCUUGCUCGGUAAUUUUCCUGAUUUUGUUGCCGCACUUGGGGGCUCCAGGGCUGCUGAGCUCUUUUUCUACACGCUACUUUUGUUGUACAUCCCGGGAUUUUCUCUCUUGUAUGGGCAUAUGUUGAAGCAACGGAAAAAGAUUAUGCGAAAGUUUUAA